AUGGAUCCUAAUGGCUCCUACCCUAACAAAGUUAGAUCUAGCAAAAGUGAUGCCUACAUUUCUCCCUUGCAUGAAGCAUUGAGAGGAACAAGAGCCAUGCCAGUGUUAAAUGAUAUUUUGGCCCUUGAGUCACUACCAUCAGAUUCACCUUCCAUGGCAAACUCCUCACUUGCAUCCGAUGCACCACCUGAACCUACCAUGAUGCCAUUCAAUGCUAGUUACAUGAUGCCACACCAAGAGAAUGUAGGCCUAGCACCACUACCACCACAAUUGUCUAAUACAAUUAUUAAUCCUUUAUCCAUGGUUAAUACAAUAGUGUCCCAGCCCAACAAUGAGGAAAUCCAUCAAGAUGAACAUGAAAUGUUCAGGUAUGAAGACUUCCUUUCAAACCCUUUGUGGAAUUACGCCGACUCCUAUCAUCAUACCAAUACCACAUCCAUGGAGUCUCCAUCUUUCACAUCCUUACUCCAAACAUACCCAAAUUCUAUUGUUAAUACCCACCUUAAUACUACUGGAGCAUUGGAGGAUGGUUCAAUAUCUAACAUGCCUACCAUGCAUGUCUCCGAGGUAAACUCGCUAACAUAUGGAUUUCUUUACUCUCCUAAAAAUAUUUACCCAUUUACACCGAAUAAUAUAUUGCAACAACAGAAUAUACAAAAUGGAAGGCUACUAUAUGACGCUUCUUAUGGUGUACCUACCCCUAUUUCUCCAUCCAUGACAACCUCCUAUGUACCAAGAGAAGAUAACACCCCUCUAGUUGGUCCAAAUGGCAUUUUUGGUGGUGCUAUUUUGCAUGAUUCUACAUCCUUGGGUAAUUACACAUGCAAGAUUUGUGGUCGCAAAUUCGUCACAUCUCAAGCCUACGGUGGUCACAUGAGUUCCCAUGCCAAAGAAAGGAAGAAACACCUACAAAUUUGA